GCCGGCCGGGAGGAGGAGGGGCGUGUAGACUUUGGUGACUGAGCGCGACAGGGUCGGGAGCCGCGGACUUCCCCCAGCAGUACACAGCCGCUCCGCCCCGGAGUGACGCCCUCCCGCCCAUGGGCCUGGCCCGGGGCAACCGGCGGGCGGCUCGGAGGAGGCGGCGACAGGUGGCGCGCAGCAGGGCCAGAGCCGGGUCAGGCCAUGGCCGCCUCGGAGCGGCUCUACGAGUUGUGGCUGCUGUACUACGCGCAGAAGGACCUUGGCUACCUGCAGCAAUGGUUGAAGGCCUUUGUGGGUGCCUUCGAGAAGAGCAUCUCAUUAUCCUCCCUGGAACCUCGAAGGCCAGAGGAGGCAGGUGCGGAAGUCCCUCUGCUACCCCUAGAUGCUCUCCAUUCGCUAGCCGAGCAGCUGGACCAGGACGACCUGGAACAGGCCCUGCUGUUGCUGAAGCUCUUCAUCAUUCUCUGCAGGAACCUGGAGAACGUAGAGGCUGGUUGGGGCCAGGUCCUGGUUCCCCGAGUGCUGGUACUGCUCACUGGACUGAUGGCUGAGCUGAAAGGACCCCCAUCAUCAAAGGAGGGCCAUGAGACCCAGCUGGAGAAUGUGGCCCUGCAUGCUCUGCUCCUCUGUGAGGAGCUCUUUGACCCCUACCAGACCUGGCGGCGCCAGCACAGUGGGGAAGUCAUCAGCUCCAAGGAGAAGAGCAAAUACAAGUUCCCUCCAACCGCUUUGCCCUGUGAAUUCGGAGCCUUCUUCCAAGAGAGCCUGCAGGAUGCAGACCGUUUGCCUCCCACCUUGCUGUUGCGGCUCAUCCACCUCUUUGGCGCUGUCCUUGCAGGAGGAAAGGAGAACGGACAGGUGGCUGUGAGCGCUGGCUCUGUGCAGGGACUACUAGGCGUGGUGCGGAGCUGGGGCCGUGACCCAGCCCAGGUAUCACUAGCUCUGAAAGCACUGGUGGGGGCAGCGCAUGUCCUGCACGCGAGCCGGGCACCCCCCCGAGGACCAGAACUCCGCACCCUGCUUGAGGGCUACUUCCACAUUCUUAAUGCCGACUGGCCAGCUAGUCCAAGUUCAGGCCCCGAAGAGGCCCACGUCACCCUGCGGGUCAGCAUGCUCGAUGCCAUCCCCAUGAUGCUGGCAUGCGAGGACCGGCCAGUGCUGCAAGCCACCUUCCUUAGCAACAACUGCUUUGAACAUCUUAUUCGCCUCAUCCAGAACAGCAAGCUAUACCUGCAGGCCCGGGCAUCCCCUGAGGGGGACAGUGACCUGGCCACCCGGUUACUGACUGAGCCCGAUGUCCAGAAGGUGCUGGACCAGGACACAGAUGCCAUCGCCGUCCACGUGGUCAGAGUGCUGACCUGCAUCAUGAGUGGCUCCCCGUCGGCCAAGGAGGUGUUCAAGGAACGCAUUGGCUACCAGCACCUGCAGGAGGUCCUGCAGAGCCAUGGGCCCCCUACCCAAAGACUGUUGCAAGAACUGCUCAACAUGGCUGUGGAAGGUGACCACAGCAUGCACCCGCCUCCACCAAUCCGCAAUGAACAGCCAGUGUUGGUGCUGAUGCAAUGGCUACCGGCAUUGCCCACAGCUGAGCUGCGCCUCUUCCUGGCACAACGGCUGUGGUGGCUCUGUGACAGCUGCCCUGCCAGCCGUGUCACCUGUGUGCAAGCAGGCCUAGUGGGCUACCUGCUAGAGACACUUGGCACAGGGACAGCCCUGGGAGUCCGCUGCCAGGAGCAGCUGUUAGCAUUGCUGCAAGCUCUGGGCCGAGUGUCUCUAAGGCCCUUGGAGCUGCGUCGUCUGCUGCGCCCCCCACCAGGACUGGACUCAGAGUCAGAGGGAACUGAAUCUCAGAAGGCUCGGCAUGCAGGGGCCAUCAUCCGAGCGCUGUCAGGGAUGGCCCGGCACCGGGGUCCUGCACGUGCCCUGCGCUACUUUGACCUCACACCUAGCAUGGCAGGCAUCAUGGUACCACCUGUGCAGCGAUGGCCAGGACCUGGCUUUACCUUCCAUGCCUGGCUCUGUCUGCACUCCACAGAGACAGCUCCUACCUCAGCUCCCAGCCGGCCCCUCCAGCGAAAACAACUGUACAGCUUCUUCACCAGCAAUGGCUCAGGGUUUGAGGCCUUCUUCACGGCAGCUGGGACCCUGGUGGUAGCCGUGUGCACACGGAAGGAGUACAUAACCAUGAGCUUGCCCGAAGUGUCCUUCGCUGAUUCUGCCUGGCACUGUGUGGCCAUUGUGCAUGUGCCUGGGCGCCGACUCUUCAGUCAGAACCUGGUCAGUGUCUACAAAGAUGGCCAUCUGGUCAAGACAGCACCUCUUCACUUCCCAUCCCUCAGUGAGCCUUUCUCCUCCUGCUGUAUUGGUUCUGCUGGGCACCGCACAACGACGACCACCACAGGGCUCCCCACUGCCUUGUCUCACACUCACCCCUCCCUCACCCGCUCCCAGUCAGUCCCAGCCUCCACGGGCUUGGGCUGGGGACCUGGGCUGGGGGCCCCUCUGCAGGAGGGCAGCGUCAGCUCCACCCUUGCAGGCACCCAGGACACUCGGUGGGGAAGCCCCACAUCUCUGGAGGGGGAGUUGGGGACUGUGGCCAUCUUCCAUGAAGCCCUGCAGGCAUCUGCCCUGCAGGUCCUACAUGUCCUGGGGCCCAAUGAGCCAGCACCCUUCAAGCCUGAGGGUGAACUACACGAGCUUGGUGCCAAGCUGCUCCUCCAUUAUUCGCCUCAGGCCUGUAAGAGCAACAUCUGCCUGGACCUGUCCCCUGGCCAUGGGCUGGAUGGCCGCCUGACGGGACAUAGGGUGGAGACAUGGGACGUGAAGGAUGUGGUGAACUGUGUAGGGGGCAUGGGUGCCCUGCUGCCCUUGCUGGAGCGAGUAGCUGUGCAGCCCCAAGAAGCCGAAGCAGGUCCAGGUGAAACACAUGACCUUGUGGGACCUGAACUGACCUCAGGCCAUAACACUCAGGGCCUGCUUCUCCCCCUGGGCAAGUCUUCAGAGGAACGGAUGGAGAAGAAUGCAGUGGCUGCCUUUCUCCUGAUGCUUCGGAACUUCCUGCAGGGCCACACUGUGAAUCAGGAGAGCCUGGUGCAAUGCCAGGGGCCUGCCAUCAUAGGGGCCCUCCUGCGUAAGGUCCCCAGCUGGGCCAUGGAUAUGAACGUGCUCAUGUCUGCCCAGCUGCUGAUGGAGCAGGUGGCGGCUGAGAGCAGCGGGCCCCUCCUCUACCUGCUCUACCAACAUUUGCUCUUUAACUUUCACCUCUGGGCCCUCAGUGACUUUGCUGUGCGCCUGGGUCACAUCCAGUACAUGUCCAGCAUAGUCCGUGAACACAGACAGAAGCUUCGGAAGAAGUAUGGAGUCCAGUUCAUCCUCGAUGCUCUGCGCACACACUACAGUCCACAGCUGGAGCGCCCCCUCGCGGCCGACGACCUGCGCACAGUACAGACAUCCCUUUUGGGUCUGGCACGUGAGUUCCUGGUUCGCAGCUUCUCUGUGGAUGACAUGCAAGUUGUGUUGAGCUUUUUGACAGCCACCAGUGAUGAUGGCCAGGUGGUAGGCACACUGGACUUGUUGCUGGCCCUGCUUCACGGUUCUCCAGCACAAGAGCCCUUGGCCAUCUUCCUGUUAGAGCCAGGGAACCUCGAGGUGCUGUUCACACUGUUGGUGCGGCCAAGAUCACCACCUCUUUUGACCGACAGAGUCUUCAAGAUCUUGCGAAGACUGCAGCAAAAUGAACGGUUACCUGAGCGGAACCGCCAGAGGCUCCGGCUGCGAAAGUGUGGUCUCCAGGGUCUUGUUGCCAGCUUGCCCGAGGGUACCAUCUCUCCCCAGCUCUGCCAGGGCCUCUAUAAGCUGUUUAUGGGAGCAGCCCCUCAGGUUGCAUCCCCGGAUUGCCUGAACCUCUCAGAUUUAUUAGCUGUGGUACAGCUGUCCCUCCAGGCUGACCUCAGUGUCCGCCUGGACAUCUGUCGUCAGCUCUUCCACCUCAUCUACGGACAGCCGGAAGUAGUGCGGCUACUGGCCCGACAAGCUGGUUGGCAGGAUGUGCUGACCCGCCUGUAUGUCCUGGAGGCUGCCACAGCCAGCAGUCCCCCACGCUCUCUCCCAGAGCUGCCCACCUCCCUGGAGCCAGCCCUGUCCCCACCACCCACCGAGUUGCCUGCUGAAUCUUCUGACGUCUUCCUACCUUCAGAGCCCCUGUGCCCUGACCCAGAUGCCUUUUACCCUGCCUUCUACCCAUUCAGUAUGUUCUUUGACCUGGGCUUGGAAUGGGCCAGUGUGGGCUCAGGCAAUACUGCUGGCGGUGGUAGCAGCAGUGGAACGAUUACUCCAGCCAGCCAGCCUGGCACACCUUCCCCGCUCGAUGGGCCGCGGCCCUUCCCUACUGCCCAAGGCCGCCACAGCUCCAGUCUCUCCAAUGUGCUAGAGGACGGCAGCCUGCUGGAACCCACCGUCAGUGGGGACGACACCUCUAACACAAGCAACCCCCAGCAAACCCCUGAAGAGGAGCUGUGCAACUUGCUCACCAAUGUGCUGUUCUCAGUGACGUGGCGGGGCGUGGAGGGCAGCGACGAGGCUGCUUGGCGGGAGCGUGGCCAGGUCUUCUCUGUUCUUACCCAGCUGGGGGCCUCGGCCACACUUGUGCGCCCACCAGACUGCAUCAAGCGCAGCCUCCUAGAGAUGAUGUUGGAAUCAGCCCUGACCGACAUCAAGGAGGCUCCCCCAGGAGGCCUGGCCAACCUUACCCUCCAGGCACUGUGGCUGCUCCGCCUGCUUCAGGAUUUCCUAUGCGCUGAGGGCCAUGGUAAUCAGGAGCUAUGGAGUGAAAAGCUCUUUGAAGGUGUGUGCAACCUCCUUGAUCGCCUGGGCGCCUGGCCACAUCUAGCCAAUAGCAUGGCAGAACUCCGUGAGAUGGCACAGAUUGGCUUACGUCUUGUGCUUGGCUAUAUCCUGCUGGAGGACCCACAGCUGCAUGCCCAGGCCUAUGUGAAGCUGCAUACACUACUGCAGACUGCAGUGCCAGCCCGCCGUGAAGAGGCAUGCUAUGUCCUCUCCAAGCUGGAGGCCGCACUCAGCCGGGCACUGAACACCUCCUCCUCUGAGACCGAGCAUGCACAGUCUCCAUCUACAGCUGUGGCAGCCUCUGAGCGCUGUUCGUGGUUGGUGCCACUGGUCCGCACUCUGCUGGACCGUGCUUACGGUCCCCUGGGACUGCAGUGGGGACUGCCCUCCUUACCGCCCACCAAUGGAAGUCCCACCUUCUUUGAGGACUUCCAGGCUUUCUGUGCCACACCUGAAUGGCGCCACUUCAUCGACAAGCAGGUACAGCCCACCAUGUCAAAGUUUGAAAUGGACACAUAUGCUAAAAGCCAUGACCUCAUGUCCGGCUUCUGGAAUGCCUGCUAUGACAUGCUUAUGAGCAGUGGGCAGCGGCAGCGGCGGGAACACAUUCAGAGUCGAAGGGCCUUCCAGGAGCUGGUCCUGGAACCCACCCAGCGCAGGGCUCGCCUGGAGGGGCUGCGCUAUGCAGCGGUGCUGAAGCAGCAGGCGGCACAGCACUCCACGGCCCUGCUGCACUGGGGGGCACUGUGGCGCCAGCUUUCCAGCCCCUGUGGGGCCUGGGCACUAAGGGUCCCUCAAGCUCCCCACUGGAAGCUGUCUAAUGCAGAGACAUACUCACGAAUGCGACUAAAACUGGUACCUAAUCAUCACUUUGACCCUCACUUAGAAGCCAGUGCCCUGCGAGACAAUUUAGGUGAAACCCCCAUGACACCCACUGAAGAGGCCUCACUGCCCCUGGCAGUGACCAAAGAGGCCAAAAUCAGCACCCCUCCAGAGGAGUUGCUCGAAGACCAAUUAGGGGAGGAUGAACUGGCUGUGCCUGAGAGCCUGAUUGAGGCAGUGGAGCUGGAUAAGCAGCAUGAGAAGUUGCUCCUAUCAGCUGAGUGCCAGCUCGUCACAGUGGUGGCUGUGGUCCCCGGACUGUUAGAGGUCACCACGCAGCACGUGUAUUUCUACGACAGCAGCACGGAACGUGUGGAAACUGAGGAAGGCAUCGGCCAUGAUUUUCGGCGCCCCUUGGCCCAGCUGCGUGAGGUCCACCUGCGGCGUUUCAACCUAAGACGUUCGGCACUGGAACUCUUCUUCAUUGAUCAAUCCAACUACUUCCUCAACUUCCCAUGCAAGGUGUCUGGGUCCUCAGCUUCAUCUCCUUGCCAGGCUCCUAGGCCCCAGCCCUAUCCCAUCUCACCUCACACCCAGGUACGGAACCAGGUGUAUUCGUGGCUCCUGCGCUUACGGCCACACACCCAAGACUACCUAAGCAGCCGCUCCCCCCAGGAGAUGCUUCGUGCCUCAGGACUUACUCAGAAAUGGGUACAGCGAGAGAUAUCCAACUUUGAAUACUUGAUGCAACUCAACACAAUCGCAGGACGCACCUAUAAUGACCUGUCUCAGUACCCUGUGUUCCCCUGGGUCUUGCAGGACUACGUGUCCCCAGUUUUGGACCUCAGCAAUCCAGCUGUCUUCCGGGACCUGUCCAAACCCAUCGGUGUGGUGAACCCCAAGCAUGCCCAGCUCGUGAGGGAGAAAUAUGAGAGCUUUGAGGACCCAGCAGGUACAAUCGACAAGUUCCACUACGGUACCCACUAUUCCAACGCAGCAGGCGUGAUGCACUACCUCAUCCGCGUGGAGCCCUUCACCUCCCUGCACGUCCAGCUCCAGAGUGGCCGGUUCGACUGCUCUGACCGGCAGUUCCACUCAGUGGCAGCAGCUUGGCAGGCACGCCUGGAGAGCCCCGCAGACGUGAAGGAGCUCAUCCCAGAGUUCUUCUACUUUCCCGACUUCUUGGAGAACCAGAAUGGUUUUGAUCUGGGCUGCCUCCAGUUGACCAAUGAGAAGGUGGAUGAUGUGGUGCUGCCCCCGUGGGCCAGCAGUCCAGAGGAUUUCAUCCAACAGCAUCGCCGGGCUCUGGAGUCGGAGUAUGUGUCAGCCCACCUGCAUGAGUGGAUCGACCUCAUCUUCGGCUAUAAGCAGCGGGGUCCAGCAGCUGAGGAGGCCCUCAAUGUCUUCUAUUACUGUACCUAUGAAGGGGCUGUAGACCUGGACCAUGUGACAGACGAACGGGAACGGAAGGCUCUGGAAGGCAUCAUCAGCAACUUUGGGCAGACUCCCUGUCAGCUGCUAAAGGAGCCACACCCACCACGGCUCUCCGCUGAGGAAGCGGCCAGUCGCCUCGCGCGUCCUGAUGCUAACUCACCUAGUAUCUUCCAGAACCUGUACCAGCUCAAGGCCUUUUUUGCUGAGGUUGUCAGUGAAGGGGUGCCUGUAGUGUUAGCUCUGGUACCCCACCGGCAGUCCCACUCCUUCAUCACCCAGGGCUCCUCAGACCUGUUGGUGACUGUGAGUGCCAACGGGCUGCUGGGCACUCACAGCUGGUUGCCCUACGACCGAAACAUCAAUAACUACUUCACCUUCAGCAAAGAUCCCAGCAUGGGGAACCCCAAGAUGCAGAAACUACUGAGUGGGCCGUGGGUGCCAGGCAGUGGCAUUAGUGGGCAAGCACUGGCAGUGGCCCCCGACGGAAAGCUGCUCUUCAGUGGUGGUCACUGGGAUGGCAGCCUACGUGUAACUGGACUACCCCGUGGCAAACUGUUGAACCAGCUAAGCCAACACCUUGAUGUAGUGACCUGCCUUGCACUGGACACCUGUGGCAUCUACCUCAUCUCAGGCUCCCGGGACACCACGUGCAUGGUGUGGCGUCUUCUGCAGCAGGGUGGUUUGUCGGUAGGGCUGGCACCAAAGCCUGUGCAGGUUUUAUAUGGUCAUGAGGCAGCAGUGAGCUGUGUGGCCAUCAGCACUGAACUUGACAUGGCUGUGUCUGGAUCCGAGGUUGGAACUGUGAUCAUCCACACUGUACGCCGCGGUCAGUUUGUGGCAGCAUUAAGGCCUCCAGGUGCCACACUGCCUGGACCUAUAUCACAUCUGGCCCUGGGGUCUGAAGGCCAGAUGGUUGUACAGAGUUCUGCUUGUGAACGCCCCGGGGCCCAGGUCACCCACUCCUUGCACCUGUACUCAGUGAAUGGGAAGUUGCGGGCUUCCUUGCCCCUGCCAGAGCAGCCUACAGCCUUGACAGUGGCAGGAGACUUUGUUCUGCUGGGCACCGUCCAGUGCUCUCUGCACAUCUUCCAUCUGAACAAACUGCAGCCUGCUGUGUCUCCCCUGCCCAUGAAAGUGCCAGUGCGCAGUGUGUCCGUGACCAAGGAGCGUAGCCACGUGCUGGUGGGCCUGGAGGAUGGCAAACUGAUCGUUGUGGGCGCCGGGCAGCCUUCUGAGGUGCGCAGCAGCCAGUUUGCGCGGAAGCUGUGGCGCUCCUCGCGCCGCAUCUCCCAGGUGUCCUCUGGGGAGACCGAGUACAAGCCCGGCGAGACUCAGACUCAGACUCGCUGAACGAGCACGAUGCCCUGCCCACGAGACUGCUGCCCCAGGGGGUGGGCGGGGCCCACCCUCCAGCUCAGGGAUUGGUAGAUGGCAUCACCAGGAAGUCCCGCCCCUCGCCGGCUGAGGGGAGACCUAGCGCCGGCCUCAGGCCGCAGCUGCAUGUUUUGC